AUGUGUCACUGUCCUCAGGAUGGCCCAAGAACCUUCCUUGGAUGUCUGAGCGACUGCUGUCAUUGCUAUCUGACCAUCUCAAUUUGUCCAAGGUUCUUAUUUCUCACUUUUGUUUCAGCUGUCCAGGCUGCCAUCCUCUCUGGUGAUAAGUCGGAGAACGUUCAGGACUUGCUGCUGCCAGAUGUCACUCCUCUGUCCCUUGGAAUUGAGACCGCUGGUGGAGUCAUGACCGUCCUCAUCAAGCGUAAUACCACCAUUCCAACCAAACAGACUCAGACUUUCACCACCUACUCUGACAACCAGCCUGGUGUGCUUAUUCAGGUCUAUGAGGGUGAGCGUGCAAUGACCAAGGAUAACAACUUGCUGGGCAAGUUUGAGCUUACUGGAAUCCCCCCUGCACCUCGCGGUGUUCCCCAGAUUGAGGUCACCUUUGACAUUGAUGCGAAUGGCAUCAUGAAUGUUUCAGCUGUGGAUAAGAGCACUGGCAAGGAGAACAAAAUCACCAUCACCAACGACAAGGGUCGUCUCAGCAAGGAGGACAUUGAGCGCAUGGUGCAGGAGGCAGAGAAGUACAAGGCUGAGGAUGAUGUGCAGCGUGACAAGGUGUCUGUCAAGAAUGGUCUGGAGUCCUACUCCUUCAACAUGAAGUCCACUGUUGAGGAUGAGAAACUGAAGGGCAAGAUCAGUGAUGAGGACAAGCAGAAGAUCCUUGACAAGUGCAAUGAAGUCAUCAGUUGGCUUGACAAGAACCAGACUGCUGAGAAAGAGGAGUUUGAGCACCAGCAGAAGGAGCUGGAGAAGGUAUGCAACCCCAUCAUCACCAAGCUGUACCAGAGUGCUGGAGGCAUGCCAGGUGGAAUGCCUGAUGGUAUGCCCGGUGGCUUCCCAGGAGCCGGCUCUGCUCCAGGAGGUGGAUCCUCCGGCCCAACCAUUGAGGAGGUCGACUAAGCCAUUCCAAAGCCACUACGCUACCUCCAUAGCAAUGUUUACUGUUGCCCUCUAUAGUUGGACUCCUCUAAAAUUGUUACUUUUGUGGAAGUUUUGGAUGACUUCAACUUGUAGAGAGAUGGUUGCAAUAAAAUAAAAAAAAAAUUAAAAAAGGGGUAUUAACGGGUCACAUUUCCAGAUCACAGGGAACAGAUUUUCUACCUAGAUUGCACAACCUAUUUAUUGACUUGUGAAAUGUGAAUUUCAUAAGCCUUUUCCAACUGCCUCAAUGCUUUGAAGGAAGUGAAUAAAAUGGUGACCUAUUCCUUAAAAAAGGGGUAUUAACGGGUCACAUUUCCAGAUCACAGGGAACAGAUUUUCUACCUAGAUUGCACAACCUAUUUAUUGACUUGUGAAAUGUGAAUUUCAUAAGCCUUUUCCAACUGCCUCAAUGCUUUGAAGGAAGUGAAUAAAAUGGUGACCUAUUCCCA